AGGUGGUUCCCUUGCUGCACCGGGCUGACACACAGCAGAGAGCUGCACAGGUAGCUAGUAGCAGUGCCGGAGGCUCCCGCUAGUCUACCUAGUGACACUUCCCUCCCUGCGUGAUAUCAUUACAGUGAGUGGAGCCUCGGUGAAUCCACCCCGCAUCCUCAUAUCCCGCUCAGGUCACCUUACCGCUCGCCUACCGGCAUUUUCUCCGAAGAUGAUACCUGGCAAACGAAGAGCUGCAGUCAUGUCCUUCUCGCUGGUGAUAUUUGGAGCCCUGAUGCUGCAGCCCGUCUCUUCCCAGAACGCUGGCUUUGUGAAAUCACCUUUUUCUGAGACUAAGCUCACUGGCGACACCUUUGAGCUGUACUGUGACGUGGUGGGAAACCCCACCCCAGAAAUCCAGUGGUGGUACUCUGAGAUCAACCGAGCCGAUUCCUUUAGGCAGCUGUGGGACGGCGCCCGUAAGCGGCGAGUGUCCAUCAACACAGCAUACGGCUCCAACGCCGUGAGCAUGUUGGGUGUCUCUCGUCUCGCGCUGGACGAUGUUGGUACCUAUGAGUGCAGAGCCAGCAAUGACCCGCGACGUAAUGACCUGCACCAAAAUCCAGCCACCACCUGGAUCCGUGCGCAGGCCUCUAUAACUGUGCUGCAGAAGCCGUCAAUCGCCGCCUCUGAACACACCACACUUCCUGUGGAAGGCGAUGUUUACAUGCUGCAGUGUAACCUGACCAGCGCCCACAGCGUCCACAAGGAGAGCUUCUGGAUGAAGAAUGAGGAUGAGAUCCCGGAAACACGCAGCCCAAAUGGGAACACUGAAUACAAGCUGAAGAAACCAAGAGGAGACGCCGCCGGAGUGUACAUGUGUGUCUACACCUUCGAGAUGGCUCCUCCAGCAAACGCCACCAUAGAAGUUAAAUCUGCUCCUGACAUUACAGGCCACAAGCGUAGUGAGAAUAAGAACGAGGGCCAGCUUGCUGUACUCUACUGUAAGUCUGUGGGAUAUCCUCAUCCGGUCUGGACCUGGCGCAAGUUUGACAACGGCAUUCCCAGGGAAAUUGACAACUCAAGCGGACGCUUCUCCAUCAGUAGCAGAGACAACUACACUGAGCUUCACAUUGUCAACCUGGACAUAAAUUUAGAUCCAGGCGAGUACCACUGCAAUGCCACCAACAUGCUCGGCAGCCGUGACGAGAAGAUCGUGCUGAGGGUUCGCAGCAACUUGGCCCCCUUAUGGCCUCUUCUGGGGGUUUUGGCUGAGAUCAUCAUCCUGAUCGUCAUCAUUGUCGUUUAUGAGAAGCGUAAGAAGCCAGAUGAUUUACAAGACGAUGAUGACAAUGCAGGUCCCGUGAAAACUAAUUCAACCAACAACCACAAAGACAAGAAUCUCCGCCAGAGGAAUACAAACUGAGCAGCCUGUCUGCUGAGUUUCAUUACACAAAUGUAUUGACCAUAUGAAGGUAAACAAGAAGGGUGUCCAUACCAGUUGUUAAUAAGAAGUAUCUGCCAUUACAAGUGUGGUUGUGGAGGAGUUCAAUGAGGCAUGCCUUAUCAUUUAUUUGUGUGAGGAUGCGAAUAUGGAAUUGUUAACAUUAUAACCAUUGUUGCUGCAUGCAGUUGUUGACGUUUAUGAUUUCCCCCCCCCCCCCCCCCCCCCUCUUAUCCACUAAUUUAACAUUUUUACUACUUCUAAAAUAAUGCAUGCAAGAUGUCGACCUUCUGUUUGAUACAGAAAUGGCUUUUCUUUUUUGCUCUUUUCUCUGAAAGUGGCUUCAUUUAGAUGAUCUGUACUGUGUGUUCUAGAGGAAAAACAAAACACGGCAAUCUAAAAGAAAAUGACGCCAUAAUCUGGUAUGACAGUUGUGUACAGUUUUAUCAUUCCACUGCAUACCAUUUUACCUGAAGAUAUCUAUUGCAUUGUAAGGGCUUCGCAAUGUCCCUCUAAAGUUUUAUUAAGAUUUUCUUUACUGUAUGUACUGUAUGUAUUAAAUCACUAUAACUAUGUAUCAGAUCACCAUUAAUAUAAAGACUCUUCAUAUGAUAUGAUGCACUUAAAUGUUGAGGAUAAUGAAAAAUUGUAUAAACCUAUAAAUCUGUACUAAUCAUCUUAACAUUGUUUUAUAAUCAUGUGUAUUGUACAGCAUGGCUAUUAUCCUAUGCAAUUAUUAUCCAUAUCAAUAUAUUGAAAAAUCAUUGCCGCUUUUGAUUUCUCUGUGACAAAGCUUUAAACUAGUAGGAUCACCGUAGAGCGUUGAUGGCAUACUACACAGCUGCAUGAAUUCUCCACAGCUGACGUGGGAGGCGGCGUAACGUCAGUAUGACACAUGUGAAGCAAUUCCAAGAUCUCCCCCCCCCCCCCCCCCCCCCCCCCCCCCCCGACUCAUUUUUAAGAAUAAAUAUCUCAAAAAAGAAAGUGUGUCUGUUGAAUUGGUUUCUUUGUAUAAACACAUUCAGUUGUAUCAUUUAAUGAUGCGCACAAGCUGUCCCGUGGGAAGGCAGAAACAUAAGAGCGUGUUGAGAACAGCAUCCUCUGGUGGACUAUUGAGAGACUCACAGCCGACAUGUUGAACAUGGGGAUGAACUUCACAUCGGAGAAUCGAGGACCAACAAACAAGUGAUAAAGACAUCCUUACUAUCCUUAAAUCCCAGAGGUGUCAGGCUUGAGACUGCUAUGAACAACACAUACUUGUAUGUUGGUUUAUUUGACUCUUUUCAGUUAUUUUUUAAGCAUCUGCUAAAGGAUAAUUGGCUCAUUUACAGUUCUGUUGUUUGUCUUGAUCAAACAAAUAAAAUCCUUUAAUACCCGA